AUGGAUCUAAAAGCUUUGCAUGCAGCUUCUUAUUGCCCUAAACGAGAUUCAUAUUCAUCUUUGAGAUUCAAAGCGAUUUCCAUUUCGAAGCUCCAUCGUCUGCACCGGCUCGAUUUCUCUGAUUCGAUUUCAUCUGACUCUGUAAUUUCGAUUUUGAUUUCGAAGCCCCAUCGCCACCACCAUCUGCACCGCCACGCCAUCUGCACCAGCGAGGUUGAGUUCAUUCCAAAAUUUAGUGUGAGGGCAAUCUGGCAGAGAUGGCGUGAAUCAUAUCCGAAAGAUGGGACUAAGGCGGAUGAUGCUAUAAUUGUGUUUACGGGAGUUCCAACUAUGUAUACUCGAUUGAUACAAGGUUAUGAAGCAAUGGAUCCAGAAUUACAAGAGGUUUCUGCCUCAGCUGCGAGCAAGUUGCGUCUCAUGCAAUCUCUCAGGUUUAAAUCUUGAUGGGGAAAUCUCACCUGCGAUUGGCGACCUUAAAAGUCUGCUCUCUAUGUAUAAUUUCUUCACUUGUAUUGUAUCCCCCCUUCUUUCUUCUCUAUUUGUCAUUGUAUUUGUACUAAAUUCUUUCUGUACAGUACAUCAACUUUAAUGGGUUUUUAUUUUGG